AUGGGCAUAUCGGAUUCAAGAGAAAGAGAAGAUGAAGUGAGGAUUGUGCUGCUGGGAAAAACUGGAGCUGGGAAGAGUUCAACUGGAAACACAAUCUUAGGAAGAGAAGUUUUCAUAUCAGACUUUUCUGAAGAAUCUGUUACUAAAGAGUGUCAGAGAGAGACAGCUGAAAUCAACGACAGACACAUUACUGUGAUCGACACUCCAGGACUGUUUGAUACUGAAUUCAGUAAUAAAGAAAUCCAGAGAGAAAUGAGUAACUGUAUCUCCAUGAUCCUGCCUGGACCACAUGUGUUUCUCUUACUGAUUCCACUGGGACGAUUCACUCAAGAAGAUGCAAAAGCAGUGGAGAUCAUUCAAAAGAUGUUUGGUGAAAACUCUUUAAAGUACACCAUAGUGCUCUUCACCAGAGGAGAUGAUCUGCAGAACAAAACUAUUGAAGAGUAUCUGAUAGAACCUGAAUCUGGCCUUAAAAACCUGAUCGAUGAGUGUGGAAACAGAUUUCAUGUGUUCAAUAAUAAAGAGACUGGAGACCAAACACAGGUGAUUGAUCUACUGCAGAAGAUAGACAACAUGGUGAAGACAAACGGAGGGAGUUACUAUUCAUGUAAGAUGUUCAGAGAGAUGGAGAGACAAAUACAAGAACAACAGAAGAACAUACUGAUUGAGAGAUUUAGAGAAAGAGAAGAAGAGAUGAAGAUGAUCAUGGAGAAAGAAAGACAGAAUUAUGAGAGAGAGAAAAAGAGAAAAGAAGAAGAACUUAGAGAGAGAGAAGAACAAUAUAAAAGAGAGAUUAAAGAAAGAGAGGAACAAGAAAGAAAGAUUCGAGAGGAGCUGAAGAGAGAACGAGAGGAAUGGGAGAAACAAAUAAAACAGGAAAGACAAAGAAGAGAAGAAGAGGAAGAGAAAUGGAGAAAUAUAAUUAAGGAAACAUGGAUAUUCCCUAGGCUCUAUUAG